AUGCGAGGAAUCCAGAACGCCGUGGGCCUGUCCCUGCUUGCUGGGGCUUUGGCAGGACCCGUCCAAAAGAGAUGGGAGUAUAACACCAUUCGCAACCCGGCCUACCCCCUCGACGUGGUUGACAAACUCGAAGAGUCCAUCAUGCCCAAGGUCGAGUCCUGGAUGGUUAAACGGGUUGGCAAGUCCAACAACUGCACGCUCGAGAAUGCCGCGGUCAGGCGGGAGUGGAGCGACCUUUCGGCGGACGAGCGCAAGGAAUACAUCAGCGCCGUUCUCUGCCUGCAGUCCAAACCCGCCAAGGCGCCCAAGGACAAAGUCCCCGGCGCCCUGAGCAGGUUCGACGACUUUGUCGCGACGCACAUGACGAUGGCGGGUAUGCUGCAUAGCCCAAACAACUUGUUUGCCGCCCACCGGUACUUCAUCUAUGCCUACGAGAAGGCAUUGCGUGAGGAGUGCGGGUACAAGGGAUACCAACCGUACAUGAACUACGACCGCUACGUCGACGAUCCCAUCAACUCCCCCAUGUUCGACGGCAGCGACACCAGCAUGGGCGGCAACGGCGCCCCGAGCACCUACGAGGGCGUUGCUCAGCCAUUCCCGAGGCCCUACAACAUGAUACCGUCCGCUGGUGGCGGCGGAUGUGUCACCGAGGGACCCUUCAAAGACAUGGUCGUCUCGCUCGGCCCCAAGUCGACCAUCGUGCGCGACAUCCCCGCCAACCCGCGGGCGGACGGACUCGGCAGCAACCCGCGGUGCCUGCGGCGCGACGUCAACAAGUACUCGGCGGCGGGGGCCCGAGCCAACUACACGUACAGCGCCAUCAUGGACAACCCCGACAUCGACAAGUUCUACAACCGCUACCUGGGCAUGCCACAGUUGAAGGGCGACACCCACCCGUGGGGCAUCCACAGUGCCGGGCAUUAUAUCAUUGGCGGUGAUCCUGGCGGCGAUUUCUACUGCUCCCCCGGCGACCCAGCCUUCUACUUCCACCACGGCAUGCUAGACCGCGUGUGGUGGAUCUGGCAGAUGCAGGAUCCCGAGAACCGCGUGCACGCCAUCCCCGGCGCCGGCGCCAUGGACAUGAACAUGACGCUGGCCAUGGACGUGGAUAUGGGUCAGCCUGCCAAUGUGCGGAAGACCAAGCGGGCGGAUAUCCGUGACGCGGUGGUGGAUCUGGGGUGGACGGCGCCGGCGGUCAAGUUGGUGGAUUUGAAUGAGCAGAUGGGGGGGUUGGGCGGGGAGUUUUGUUAUAUUUAUGUUUGA